CCCCCCCCUCACUCACCGACUCUUCCUCCAUAGACGUCUUGCCAGCUGUUCACCGCUACUCUGCAUAUAUCGAAACUGUUCAAUCCGCACCGAUGGUUAGCUUUUCGUGUGAGGGCUGUGGGGAUGUCCUUACGAAGAAGAAACUAGACAAUCAUCGCAACCAAUGUUAUGGAGCAUCAUACUCGUGCUUGGAUUGCAUGGUACACUUCCCAGGAACCACCUAUAGAGCGCAUACGGCCUGCGUCACCGAAGACCAGAAGUAUCAAGGCAAGCUCUACAAAGAGAAGAAGCCGAAGUGUCAAAAUCAGAAGAAAGACAACGCCCAGCAUGCUGUCUCGCAAGCCCUCACCCCGCGUAAAGCCUACGUCGAAGAUGCGCAUGACGGAGACAAUGCCAUCGCCAUCGUCGACGCCCCACCCCGCGCACCCACUCCACCGCCUGCAGCGCAUUCCUUGGGCUACCAUGAGCAAGCUGCGCUCCCGGACGUCAAUGUUUUUGACUUCCUUGACGGCUCUGCUACGCCGACUGUCUCCAAGACACACCUGCUCGUCGACGAGUCGCGCAUGCUCGAAGACAGUCAGCCACCGGUGUACGAAGAAAAAUACACGUACACUGAACAACAUCACAUGCCUUCAAUCACAGACGUCAUGAGUUUCCAGGUACAAGACGAUGACAAGUCAUUCGCGCAGAAUGGCUUCACCUACGGGGACGAGCCUAUUCGUCCUUCAAACGAGCAGUAUGAUUCGUAUACCACUCCCGCUCCUAAGACGAAGCACUCGAGGACCAAGUCCCGUGAUACCGAUGUCGAGACCACAACCAAGAAGACGGAUCGCAAGCGCAAGCGCAACUCGCCCGCUGAACUCGACAUGUCGCUCGUUCGUGCCCACGAAGAGCGAGAUGUUACCAUGGCAGAUGCGCCCCCCGUGCUUCACUCUGGCUUGACCGGCGGACUCAACAGAUUGCUUGCCCGACCGGAAUUUCCACCGUCGCCGGAAGACUCUGGUGAUUAUGCCAACUCACCACUCAGCCCCAUGAAGCGCGCCAAGCAAGGCAAUUCGAAGGCUCUUCUGCGCGCACAGAGGGAAUGGGAGGUACAAGAGCAGAAGCAGCGAAAGAACGCUAUCAAGGAAGAAAAAGCACGUGAACAAGAGGAGAAGAAGGAGAAGGAGAGGGGCCGAGAUCGUGAUCGAAAGGAGCGCAAAGCCAGCACUGCCCUCGUAAAGGUCAGGCCCAAGAAGAGACGCGAUGAGUCUACAAAGGAGGUCCGCCGGCUGCGUCGCCGACAGUACUCGUCUUCUGUUUCACCAGCGCCGCGAGAUCGUAAGCCCGUCAAGGCGAUUGAGUAUCAUCGAUCCGGGUCUGGCACGCCAGCACCAGACGGCAACGGCCAACUUAUCGUACGCCCCAAUGGAGACAUUGCGCCUCUUGAGACGGAGCCUGACGCCCGUGCUGGGCUCUUCAUGUCCUUCAUCACAAAGGGUCCCGAGUCCGAGCGUGGCAUGAGCGUCAACAAGGCUCUGAAGAGGUAUCACCGAGAGCGUGUUGACCGCUGGGAUCGCGAGCCCUCCAAGGCUGAGGAGGAGAAGGAGCUCUGGAAGAACAUGCGCUUGAAGCGGAACGACAGAGGCGAGAUUGUUCUCUUCUUUGCUGCGCCAGAGACUUCCUGACUCGACGAGGAUCUUGAUAUCAUCAUCAGGAUGCGAGGUUGGUCUUGUUCUGAUCCAUCGCCUAGCCAAGAGUCGAACGAAAUGGAGGAUAUAUGUGAAGCAUUGGUAUGAACACUUUCGGUGUUGGUUGGGUCGGCGGGUUUGGUGACAAUACCCUUCUUCCGUACACUUUCUGUUCCUUCUUGGUUGAUACCCGACUUGACGUCAAAACCUUCUUCGGGUGGGCUUGGUGCACGUGUUCCUGUACAUGUUUUACGCUGGAUCUCUUAUGUCAUCUCUACUGUCAGCAUACUUACUGUAACGGCCUUGUUGCUUCUUCUGCGUUCUGCGUUUGGUAUCUUUUGGCCAGACUACUUUGCCCUUAAUAAUCCUGGGCUGGACCCGCUCCCAUCUUGCAGGCGCUGGGUUUCUGAAUAUGAAUUACGUUACUGUAA